GCUUAAAAACAGGAAAUACGUUAAUCCGGUUUUUUUUUUGUUUGUUCGUUUGUUUGUUUCACUACAAUACAAAUGACGCAGGAGUGAUCGUAGCUCGCUUUAGACAACGUUCAAAUUGUAUUUUUUAAACAAGUUUAUUUUCACGGCAGUAUUCUGAAACUGCCGUUAAGUAUUUUUUAUCGGCUCAGCGCGAUUAACUGUGAGCGCGUGGAAGACGAAAGCGGAAGAACUUGAGCUGCUCGUACAGCAGCACCGGACGAGCUUUGCUCCCUCUGCUGUCAUGAUGGUGCCUGGGGUUCAUGGACAUUUCGCUCCGUGAACGAGAACACCCAGCUGGCCGCGGUCUUUUCACACGUUCAGCAUCAGGUUUGUUCUCCUCCACCGGGACAGCUCGGAGGCCCUGAACGGUGACGGGACUGAAGUCAACCACAGCGGAGGGAGGGUGGUGCAGCGGGCUGUUCCUAUAACUCCCGGCUGGUUAGCUCUCUGACAGUCCCUCAGGAAGUAUGAGGGAGGGUUAGCCAUACUGAGCCCAAGUUUUUAUUGCUCUAUAUCCCCAAGAAGGCUUAUAAGGAGUGUGCGCCGUUUAAAACCAAAAAUCAUCCGUCACCAUUGCAGAAAUGUUGACUCAUAACAGAAAGCGACACUGUAGCUGUGACAGCGUUGAAGACCAGCAGCUGAUACCUCAAGCCAAGAGGUCAGGAAGGGGUCCCUGCCUGCUCGAAUCAGAUCUGGACUCGGAGUCUUCCAACAGCGACAGCAGUAAUGGAAUCAGCAGUCCAGAGACGGCGUUUGAGGCCAGCACCAGGCCAUCCAUACACAGCCAGAAAACCUGCACCAGCACAACACAGGAACACCCUGCCAGCUCCAUGCAGCACGGUCUCCAUGGUGACGGGCAAAGUGGCUCUUAUGUCUGUAUUAACAGAGUCCUGAGGGAGGCGCAUUUCAGCAGCCUGCAGACCCGAGGGCGUCCGAGCUCGACAUGACCGUGACCUGCGUGACCUCUCCUGAUCUUUGGUCCCUCAUCCAUUGGUGCCGACACCUCUGACACCAUCGCUCCCCUCUGAGAAGCCUCAAAGCAACACCGCUGGGGUUCCGGUGUGAAAGGGAUGACGAGCAGGGAGGUUCCACCUCACCAUGUAUCAUCUGAGACCAUAAGCACAUCCACCUUUCCAUGGUCCAGCCACUGUGGUUUUUCUGUGCAGUAUUGAUGUGUGUGUGUGUUUGUGCGAGUGUGUACACACCCUGUGCACUUUAUUAGGAGGUCUUAUUCUCUUUACAUGCGUGCGUUGGUGCGUGGACAUUUUCAUUGGUGCUAAUG